AUGGCUUUAGCUCCAAGUAGAUGUCCUUCUUCUCUUUACUCUUCACCAUCAUUACCAAAAAGUAGUGUCCAAGUCAAGCAAAUCCCGCUUCUUUUCUCUCAAAACACUCGCUUUUUAUCCAACAACUACUCAUUUUUCAGCACUCCAACAACUUUCUGCAACACCCUUUUGCUAAAACCAUCAAAUUCUUCAAUCCUCAGAGCGUCGGAAACUGAGUCCCAAAUAUCAAAACCUGCAGAGAGUGCUGGAAGUGAAGGAGCAGGAGAAGGAGAAGAAAAGUAUGAAGAAUAUGAGGUGGAAAUAGAGCAGCCUUAUGGACUGAAGUUUACAAAGGGUAGAGAUGGUGCUACUUAUAUUGAUGCUAUUGCUCCUGGUGGAUCAGCUGAUAAGACUGGCAAGUUCAGUGUUGGUGAUAAAGUUAUUGCCACCAGUGCUGUGUUUGGGACAGAGAUUUGGCCAGCUGCUGAAUAUGGGAGGACAAUGUACACCAUCCGCCAAAGAAUUGGCCCAUUACUCAUGAAAAUGCAGAAGAGAUAUGGGAACAUGGAUUAUGCCGGCGAAAUGACAGAAAAGGAAGUUAUCAGAGCUGAAAGGAACUCGGGUGUCAUUAGUAAUAGAGUGAGAGAAAUCCAAAUGCAAAAUUACUUGAGGAAAAAGGAGCAGAAAGAACAAAGAGAAAAGGAUCUUCGCGAAGGGCUGCAAUUAUACAAAAAUGCUAAAUAUGAGGAAGCACUGGAGAAGUUCGAGUCUGUAUUGGGAUCAAAACCAGACUAUCCUGAAGCUUCUGUGGCAAGUUACAAUGUCGCUUGUUGUUACUCGAAGCUUAAUCAGUUACAAGCUGGGCUAUCUGCACUUAAAGAUGCACUGGAAGCAGGAUUUGAAGACUUUAAGAGAAUCCGGACAGAUCCUGACCUAUCCAAUUUAAGGAAAUCUGAGGAAUUUGAACCUCUUUUGAAAAGGUUUGAUGAAUCUUUUAUCAACGAGAAUGCCAUCAACGCCAUUAAAUCUCUAUUUGGAUUCAACAAGAAAUAG